UUGCUUCUGUGUCUCAACUAAAACAAAAAAAAAUUUAAAAUCUGAUUUUUUUUUUUUGGUUGGGUUCAGAAGAUCUGUGAUGGCGAAGAGGAUCCACCUGACGGAACUAGGCUGCAUCGCGUGUGAGGAACUUAGCGAGCUAGGUGCGGGUAAAGAAGGGUGGCUAGUGAACAAUCCGAAUCUUUUAUGUGCACUCGAUUCUCACUCUUUAGCCCUAGCCAAUCGUAAUCUCAUCUUGAUUGUGAAUUGGGGUGAUCCUGAUGCGCCUCGUGUCAAGAUCAGACCCGAUCUGUCUCCGAUUGAGGCUGAGUCGAUUACGGCGAUUGAGUGGUUAGUGUUUGAUGACGUCAGAGUCGUCGUUGCAGGGACUUCUUGUGGGUAUCUCCUGGUUUACUCUGUUGCCGGUGAUCUCAUUCAUAAGCAGAUGGUACAUCCAAGCCGUAUCUUGAAAAUAAGAGUACGAGGAACUAAGAAAGAUUUGAUACAAGAGACAUCCGCUGAGGAGAUCUGCUUUGUAAUGCCUGGUAUCAUUGCCCGUUUUGAUGGCUCCCACAUUCAGAGUAUGCUUCAGAAAUGGUUUCAAGAGAAAAAUUCUAAUUUUUGGGACCAAAAGAAUAGAAAGGGAGAUGUAGAAGAUACUGGUAGUUUGUCCCAACGACUACCCUAUCAGAUAUGGAAUGUCAACAAGAAUGGUGUGUGUGUUGAUGCUACUGUCACUGGCGUAAUGCCUCCUCCAUUACUAGAACUUCAGUCAAGUCAACGUUAUUAUUGUGCAGUGACCAUUGGAGAGGAUGCUGUAAUCUCGGCUUACAGGCUCUCAGAAGACAGAGGUAGAUCACUUGUCGGAGCGAUUCUUUCAAAAGUUGUGCCUGCAGCUGCUUCAACCAUAGCUUCUUUUUCUAAACUGAUUUGGAGAAGUAAUGAUCAAUCACCAAAGCGAAAGCCAGAAGCCAAGACUCAGUCAUUUGCUCGAGCAUCAUCCUUGACAUGUAUAAAGGACUACCCAAGGAAAGGCGAGAAGCUCACGUUAUCCCCGAGUGGGACAUUAGCUGCGAUAACAGAUUCUCUUGGUCGAAUACUUCUGCUAGACACUCAAGCUCUCGUAGUUGUCCGGCUUUGGAAGGGUUAUCGUGACGCAAGCUGUGUGUUCAUGGAGAUGUUAGCCAAA